GGCGUGAGCCUCAGAGGAAACAGUGGAUCCCGGAGAGCCGAUCAUCCGAUCAAUUAGCAGCUAAUUACAGGGCUAAUCUGGAGGCUGGAUGGUGUGUGUGAGAGUGUGUGUGAUCCAUCACAGCGUUACCUAAGUGACCAUCGGCUUUUCCCACCGCUGGAAAACCUGGACAGAGGACCGAGGAGUCACUUUCUGGAGACGCAGGUUGGGUGAUUUUGUACGCAAGCCGACCCAGAGACCGAGGCCGGACUUGGGGCAGACAUGACGGACAGCGCCGGCUGCGAGUUUGAGAUCGACGUGGAGAGUCUGGAGACGGAGAGCGACGACCAGGCGGACUACAACCCGGGCUCGGCGCCGCCCGGCCCCGCCGCGGAGGACGGCGAGGGCGGCAAAAGCGAGGACAAGCCGGGCCCCAGCGGCCUGUGUCCGGGGGACCAGAGGAAGCUGAGCCGGACGCCGAAAUGCGCCCGCUGCCGGAACCACGGCGUGGUGUCGUGCCUGAAGGGACACAAGCGCUUCUGCCGCUGGAGGGACUGCCAGUGUGCCAACUGCCUGCUGGUGGUGGAGAGGCAGAGGGUGAUGGCGGCUCAGGUGGCCCUGAGGAGGCAGCAAGCCACGGAGGAUAAGAAAGGAAUUUCUGGGAAGCAAAUUCCAGCAGAAAGGAGGACAAUAUAUCAACGACAUAUUCGGCCGUCGACCAUGCUGGCUAAAAGCAUAUUAGAAGGGUACCGUCCGGUCCAGUCUGAUCCUUAUCUGGGGGCCAGCCCAUCUCUCCCCCCACCGCUGAGCGACCGCAUGAGGAAGAGGAGGGCCUUCGCCGACAAGGAGCUGGAGACCAUCAUGCUGGAGCGCGAGUACAAAGAGCGAGAGCUGCUGGAGAACAGCCAGGCGGCCACGGCCUCGCUCCUCUUCCCCAACAGCAUGGUGCACCACUCCUCCGAGUACAACUCCUACAAGACGGCGUACUCGCCGGCCGCUCAGGUGGAGCCGCAGCCCAAGGAGCUGUGUAACUUCAUGGGCCCCAACUGUCUGGAUCUGUCCAUGCAGUACAGCGCAGGCUCGGCCAACGUCGAGCUCAUCUCCUCCAACGUCAGCGUGGCCACCACCUACCGCCACUACCCGCUCCAAACGUCACGAGGCGGCUUCAUGAUGUGGCCCCGUGGCGCCGCCAACCUGGGCGAUGCCCUCCUGUACCAGCAGUGCCUGUUCAACGCCACGGCGGUGCAGAACAUGAAGCCGGGCGCCGUGUGGGAGCCCAAGGUGAUGCCUGCUGAAAGCCAGCCGCCAGAGCAGGACGCUGUCGCCGCUCUGGCUGUUGCUGCUAAACUAGAGGGGUCCCGAGCCGCGGCGCUGCAGGACCUAUCGGACCCUCAGCAGGCCGAUCCCCAGCCUCCCGGUGCCACCCAGGCCGGGCAGAGGGAGCGCUCGGCGUUCUCCCCCCCCAGGAGGGGCUUUGGACAAACCUUCCCCAACACUCCCCACCCCCAAGUCCUGAACAAGCCGAGCAAGGACAGCGCAAAGCACACGCUCUCCAUGAAACUCAACUCCUUCCACUCUCUGAUCCAGCACUCCCUGAGCGAAAAAUCUGGCGCCGCGGCCGGGCCGGAGCUCAGGGCCCCCUACUGCAAAGAGCUCUUAGAGGAGGCCGCCCGCAAAUACAGGGACGGCCCCGCCAAGGACUUUAGAGGCGUCAAAACCGCAGACAGGUACGCCAAAGACUUUCUGUCCAAGCCAGUGGGGAACAAAAUGGGAUCCGGCGAGUCUUUGUCUUUCUCAGUCGAGGCCAUACUGAAAAGACCCACUCCCGCCCUGAGCCGAGCAUUCCACUGAUUUCCAUUAAGUGUCCCGUCUUGCACUAUGAACGGCAGGUUUGUCUCCUAACUGUCCGCGUUCGUCCCGGUUAGAGAGUGUUUCAAGUUGCAGUUUGGGGUCAAGACAAAAUGAAAUACACAGGCACUGCAUCUCAAAUUAGAAAAGCUAGAAAUGAGUUUUUUUUCUUCUUUUGGGAAUCCCAAUGUAAUAUUUAUGUAUGUUAUAUUUUACAUGUGCAUGUUUUAAAUAACUUUAUCUUGUAGAGUAUUUAAACAGUAUCCCAAUGUUUUCCUCAUGUCAAUAAACUUUAUAAGACUGAA